GGGACCGUCCUCCCCCGGCCAGUCGCACCGUGCCCUAUAAAGCGCGCCGAGCGGUGCAGCACGAGCAGCAGCAGCAGCAGCGGCAGCGGCGGUGGGGGUCUCGAGACGCGGAUUCCACGAGCAGCAAGACUAUGGAGCAACAACGGGCCUACGAGAUUCUGAAGAAGGGCAUCGCGAGCUUGGAUUUCGAAGGGAGCGCCGUUCCCUCCGAGUUGCUCCUGACGGGAGACGAGGCGUUCCCAGUCGUGGUCAACGGGUCCCACCAGGUGCUGAUCGCGGCGUCGCGCUACGGAAAGGGGCGACUCGUGGCGCUGGGCCACGAGAGUUACCUGGAGUCGCCAAAGUUCGCCAAAUUCCUCGUCAACGCGGUCACGUGGCUGAGGCAGGGGGCGCCGCGCGGCCACGUGUCCGUGAUCCACAAACUCGAGGGGCUGAAGAAGAUCCUCGACGGGAAUGGCAUCAAAGCCGGCGUCUCCGAGAAGGCCGACAAGAGCGACGCGGUCCACUGCAUGACCACCUUCUCCUCGUCCACCAAGGAGGAGGAGGAGCUGUCGCGUGACCUCGUGGCGUUCGUGAAGAGCGGAGGCGGCCUGCUGAUCGGGGGCCAGGCGUGGAACUGGGGCAGCCACAACAAGGGGAAAGAUGCCAUGAGCCACUUUCCCGCCAACAAGAUCAGCGGCGUGGCGGGAGUUUACUUCAUGGCGCACACGGGGAACAAGGGGGUGUUCAAGAUCAAGGAGUACAUCCCUGCCAACUCCACUAUUCUCAGACAAAACAUCCACUGGACCAACGACUACAAGCGCCUGGUGGCCGGCGUCACCGCGUUCACCGUCGAGGGCAACCCGUCGCAGCUGGUGGCACACGGCUCCACCGCCUUCCCCGUUGUCGUGGACCUCAACAACCGCACGCUGAUCGCCGCGGCGCGCUACGGCGAGGGCCGCGUCGUGGUGCUCAGCCACGAGGGGCAGAUGGGCACCGAGGCGAUGAGGCCGUUCAUCUUGAACGCCGUGCGGUGGCUCGACGCGGAGAGGCACGGCAAGGUCGGUGUGAGCGGCGUCAAGGGCUUGAACGAGAUGCUCGGCAAAGAGGGCUUCUCCAGUGCCGCGACCGACUUCCGUCCGGGCCUCAGCGUCUUCUGCUGCGGCGCCUACAUCAACAUGCCAGCUCAGGAGCUGCACGAGUUCGUCGCGGAGGGUGGCGGGCUGAUGAUCGGCGGCCACGCUUGGUUGUGGGCCUCCAAGAACCCGGGGAAGUCCGUCUUGACCGAAAACCCGGGCAACAAAAUUGUCAACAAGUUCGGGAUCAGCAUCCUGGGCGCUGGCAUCAGCGGCGGAUCGUUCACGCCCAUCACGCUCAAGGAGGGCACCGCUCCGUUCAACGUGCGCUACGCGGCGUGCCACCUGGUCAAGCAUCUCGUGCACAACCAGGCGGGAGAUCCGCUGGAGCUGAAGAAAAUGUCGACGUGCCUGAUGCAAGAUUACAUGCCUCUGCUCUACGGCGGCGACGACGACGACGCCUGCUUCAAGCCCUUCCAGCAAGUCGGCCGGCAGAUCGUCACGUGCUCGAAGCUGCCACCCGUUGGCCACGAUGCUCCCGUACAGCUCAAGUCCACCGAUGGAUUCCUGAUGGCCCUCGCGAACGCCAUCUACAGAAACGGUGCAAAGGUGGAGAAAAAUAUGCCAAACCUGGGCCAAAAGUUCCCUGGGAUGCCCAUACAGAAAACCGCCGCAAAAGGUUUGAUGCAAGUCACAAUUGAUGGGAAUAAUCAUGAAAGCGAGUGCUGGAGGAGCACCGGGCUCUACGCGCCUCCAUCCGAGACGGUCCGCAUCACGGUGCCCAAAGCCCACGUCAAGGGCGGCCUGCAGAUCCAGAUCGGCUCGCACACCGACGUGCUCUUUGGCAAGAAGGAGCCCGUCCUCCGCCACCCGGCCAUCACCCGCAGGUUCGCGGUGCAGGAGGAGACGCUGGAGGUCGGCUCGUGCUGGGGGGGGCUCAUCUACGUGGUCGUGCCCAAGCAAAGCAAACUGGGAGCGGUGGACGUCGUUGUGGACGGGGCAGUGCAGGCUCCCUGGUUCCAGCUAGGCAAGACCGGCGUGGCAGAUUGGCAGCAGACAAUCCGUCACUACCCGGCGCCCUGGUCUGAGUUUGAAAACGAAAACGUCAUCCUCACCAUCCCGUCCACCGAUGCGCGGAUGGUGAACAACCCUGAGAGUCUGAUGAAGCUGUGGAAUAAUAUCAUGCAAGCCGUUUCCACCUUGUCUGCCACCCCAUUUCCAUUCUCAAGACCAGAGAGAUUUGUGGCCGAUGUCCAGAUUGUUAUAGGUUUGAUGCAUUCGGGAUAUCCCAUCAUGCUGCAAGUGUCGUGCACAAAGGGCAUCAUUGACGAGAAGUGCAUGAUCAGGGGCAUGUGGGCGUCGAUUCACGAGCUGGGCCACAACCAGCAGCGGGCGGCCUGGGAGUUCCCGCCGCACACCACGGAGGCCACCGCCAACCUGUGGUCCACGUACGUGCACGAGACGGUGCUGGGCAUCGCGCGGGAAAAGGCACACUCGGCGCUGCAGCCCGCCAAACGGGUCCAGCGCAUCAAGGACCACCUCAAGAAGGGAUCCAAGCUGGCCACGUGGUCCGUGUGGACGUGUCUGGAGACUUACCUCCAGUUGCAGGAGGCAUUCGGGUGGGAAGCAUUCAUGAAGAUCUUCGCUGCAUAUCAACGCAUCAAUACCAAAGGGUUGGACAACAAAGGAAAGAUGAAUCUGUGGGCAGAGACAUUCUCGAAGCAAGUCAACAAGAACCUGGUCCCCUUUUUUCAAAAGUGGGGUUUGCCCAUCACUGACGACGUUGCCAAAAAGCUGGGAGGUUUGCCCGAAUGGAAGGAAAAUCCGAUGUUAAAAUACAAGUAGUGGGGACAGGUCGCAGCAGUGGAUUUGCAAAUGCAUUUCAAUGGCAUAGGUUGGUACGGAAUUGGUUUGUGAAAACGACAUAUAUACAUACAUAACACGUGGGUUUUUCACGACCAAUGAUUCGUAUCAUUGUUUUGUUUCGGGUUAAGUUGUGUAAAAGUGUGUGCCGUUAAUCUCUCCUGUGCCCGACACAUCCGAUGAAUAGAAAGUGUCACGCACCACUGGUGGUGUUGGCCAUCAUGUGACUUGCAAUCCAAAGGCAGCAGGUUCGAUUCCAUAUCCCGGAAAUUAAAAGCCUGGGGAAAGUUUCUCAAAUCCACCCCCCCCCCCCCCCCAGCCUCUGUCCACUCAGCAUUCUCAACGCAUUCACCACAAUUGAUCAACAUGUGGCGCGUGGUGGGAUAAAGUGUGGGUACGUGCGUCUCUUUCAAGACGUCUGAUCAGCGUGGAAGAGUAGACCAAAUACUGUGCUUACUCGAGGAGUGUCGGGGGUGCUCUCUAGAACUUUCUCGUGGUGGAGGUGUCUCCACCAGCAGUGGCGUGAGCGUUUACAGGGCUGUGCCUUUACCUGAAUAUGUGAAUGGCUUAAUCUGCCUCACCACUUCCUUCGUGACAGAAGUGUAUUGACAUUUUUACAGGUGUCAGUCAAAAGUUAGACUCGUGUUAGAUGUUCGGAUUAGGCCAUGUAAUGAUUUUCAAGUUUUGUUGUCUAAAAACCCCUCCGCCACCCGACGCAAAAAAAUCUAAAUUGCCACGUGAACAAGCGUUUUAGCGCGUCAGUUCAUCAGAAUCAGAAGUUUAUUUCCCAUCGAGUGAAGCCCUUAGAGCUAAGAAGCUAUUUGUUAAGGGCGACUUUGGCCGGCUGACGUCAAAGCAUUCCACAAUUACAGAUUUUACAAAGCAAAACAAUAUGAAGAACAAUUUACACAGCCAAAGUUAACACGACAUACAUAGCCUCACCCAAAUCUCAAUUAUGAAUUAAUAUUGAAUGUGGCAACCUACGUGUUCAGUUAAACUAACUAGGUCACUGAAGUUACAAUGUUGUAUGUGGCACGUGAACGAUGGGAAGAUGUGUUUAUCAUUAUUUUUACGUGAAAAUAAUUUGUGGUUGCCAUUGUAUUAAGACAGACAUAAAGGGCAGGCGUGAGCUGCUCAAUAUGCUUUGUGUUGAGAUGGUAUUAGUCAUACCAUGAGUCACAUAUGGUGUUCGUGGUAAUAUAAUUUGAAAAACACACAUUUUGUGAUAACUAGCAAACAGCCUAAUGACCACAUCGUAUU